AACCCAAAAAAAAAAAAGAAAAAAAAAAGAAGGAAAAAGAAAAAGAGAGAAGGCAAAUCAACUCCAUCUAACUAUGAUCAGACGGUACCACAACUAUCGGUCAAAGGUACCUUAUAUUCACCGGUGCACCUAGUUCAACUAAGAUUCCGUCAUCCGUCGGAAUAUCGCUCUCGUUACAUCCCUGCCGUCCAUCCACGAUAUCGGCAAGCGAUCAUAAUGGGUCCAAUGAAUCGCUACCCUGCGUCUCCCGCUCGUCCCUAACAUUGUACAUUCCAGGUAGGAGAUAGCAGUGGAGUCAUGGCGAGACGGAGGGCGUCGCAGUUUCUUGCCGGCUACUGCUGCUCCCAAAGCCACUCCCUCGUCCGGCGCCCGCCCCUCUGCUCCCAAGAACCCGCGUCAAUCUCCGCUCCAGGCUUACCUCAUACACAUGGUAAAGCUACAAGUAUGUUCAAACCACCAUCAAAACUCUAUCGGAAGCUGAAUUCCCAGACAUCAUGUGAUAUAAUGCAAGUUCACUAUAGUCGAACUUAUGGAAUCCAUCAGAGAUCAUUUACAUCUGCAGCCAUAAAUAUCCAGAGGAGUCCAUCAUUUUCAAAAUUAAAUUCUGAUGACAUUGGCUACUUCAAGAGUAUGUUAGGUGAUAAAAAUGUUGUUCAGGAUGAAGAUAGACUGUCAGCUGCAAAUGUGGAUUGGAUGCGGAAAUAUAAAGGUUCAAGCCAGCUUUUGCUUUUACCUAGAAACACUGAAGAGGUGUCUAAGAUUCUUCACCAUUGCAACUCCAGACAUUUGGCCAUUGUCCCCCAAGGUGGGAACACAGGUCUAGUAGGAGGAAGUGUUCCUGUUUAUGAUGAGGUUAUCAUAAGUCUUGCUUCAAUGGACCAGAUAAUUUCCCUCGACAAGGUGAAUGGUAUUCUAAUAUGUGAAGCUGGAUGUAUACUGGAGAACCUAAAUUCAUUCUUAGCAAAUGAAGGAUUUAUCAUGCCCCUUGACUUGGGGGCAAAAGGAAGUUGUCAAAUUGGUGGAAAUGUUUCAACCAAUGCUGGUGGCUUACACUUUAUACGUUAUGGAUCACUUCAUGGAAACAUUCUUGGGCUUGAAGUUGUACUAGCUGAUGGAACUGUUCUUGACAUGCUUGGGACGUUACGUAAAGAUAAUACAGGAUAUGAUUUGAAGCACUUAUUUAUUGGCAGUGAAGGUUCUUUGGGGAUUGUCACGAAGGUCUCAAUACUUACGCCUCCUAAGCUAUUAUCGACAAAUCUUGCACUGCUUGCCUGUAAAGAUUUUUUAAGCUGUCAGAAGUUAUUACUGGAAGCCAAGAGGGAACUAGGUGAGGCUAUUUCUGCAUUUGAAUUUAUGGAUAGCGAUGCUAUGGAUAUGGUCUUGGCUCACAUGGAUGGAGCUCGCAAUCCAUUUCCAUCCUCAUCAUACAAUUUCUAUGUUCUUAUUGAGACUACUGGUAGUGAUGAAUCAUAUGAUAAAGCAAAACUUGAAGCUUUUCUAUUACGCUCAAUGGAAGGUGGUCUUAUAUCAGAUGGUGCAAUUGCUCAAGAUAUUAACCAAGCAUCCUCAUUUUGGCAAAUUCGUGAGAAAUUGAUGUUCAGAAAAGCCAUGUGUUGGCAGGGUAUGUCAGAAGCAACGGUGAAAGCAGGAGCAGUCUAUAAGUAUGACUUAUCACUACCUGUUGAAAAACUCUAUGAUAUUGUUGAAGAAAUGCGUCCACGGCUUGGUGAGAAAGCUAAGGUAGUGGGGUAUGGCCAUCUUGGAGAUGGAAAUCUGCACUUAAAUAUCAUAACAAAGCAGUAUGAUAAUAAUAUUCUUGCACAAAUUGAACCUUUCGUCUAUGAGUGGACCUCAACACAUAGAGGAAGUAUCAGUGCAGAACAUGGUUUAGGAUUGAUGAAAGCAGACAAGAUUCAUUACAGCAAGUCUCCAGAAACUGUGCAACUAAUGGCAUCUAUCAAGAAAUUAUUGGACCCCAGUGGGAUAUUGAACCCUUACAAAGUCCUCCCUCAGUCCAUGCUACAAUAAUGUUCUUCAGUAAAAAUCCAUCUGAAAGAUUCUAGUUCAUGCAUGCUGAUUUUUCGAGAUGUAUGUUUAAUUAGGUGCCACCAGUGGCUAUUGUCAUCAAACAAAUGGUUCAUAAUAAGAUGGUGAAAUUUUAUGAAGUUUCACUACAUUUUAUGUGUAGAGUCUUGAUCAUUUCAGCGGCUCAGCCAGACAUGUUUUGUUUUAGUUCAACUUAUUGACAACAAUCUGCAACCAUGUUAGAUAUGUAUUUCCUGGGAUGUUAUAAUCUUACCACCUCACCCAACAGAUAGAAUAGAGGUUGCAAACUGAAGGUAAGAAUAAAUAUACUAGAAAAUGAAGUAAUAUUUUUUUUUGGAUGA